GGCAGAGAAUGGCAGAGCAAGGGUGGGGAGGGGGUUUGAAGGCCAUUCCCAGGCUUGGAUUUCCAGCCAGCCACACACAGACAGCACUCAGAUCCUGGCUGGAAGACUGUUGCUGUUACAGCUGCUUCUCAGGAAUCUUCUGUUGUCGGGGAUACACAGGAGGCAGCAUGGUGGGGUGGGUGCCACUAGGCAGUCCCAGGGUGUGUGGAGUAGAUCCCUAGCACCCCACUGAGGAAGAACAAUUGCUUACUGGUGCCACUGAUCUGCUUUUAAAAUGAGUGCCCUUUAGGGGUGAAAAAAAGAAAAGUAAAUAAGAGUGUCAGACUUGGUAGUACAUACCUAUAAUCUCAGCACUUAGGAGGGAGAGGCAGGAGGAUUGUGGUGAGUUGGAGGCCAGCCUGAACUACAUCUUGAGACCUGGUCUCUGAAAGAACAAGUGUGACCGCCUGUGCUUACAAUGAGAUCCCUAGGCUGGGCGGAGUGCUGUCAGCCAGGAAGCAUGCUAGCUUCUGCCACCAAUCUAGCAUCUGCCGCUGAUAGAGGAUGUACAUGUGGUGCUGGGACCUUCCUGGGCCUCCAAAUGCUCCAGACAGUGAGGAACGGCAGCAGCACUCCCUUCACUGGCUGCUCAGACACCCAGAGAUGCUCAGAACAGCACAGGGCUCAGAUCAGCUCAAAACCUGUGGGCUUUGCUGUCAUCCUGUCUGGGCAGGGCCAGGCCCUGUCCUGAAUGCUGGUCUUAGUCCUGGUAGAGACAGAGGCUGCCUUGCCCGCCACACCACCCAGGCACUCUUUCCCAGUCCUAUUUUUAUCAUAGCCUAUGCUGGUGCCUGGCACAGUAUCUAUAAAGCACCUAGACCCCUGCCAGAACCUCAGAGCUCUUUGCCCUGUCACACUGCUUUUUUGGCACCAGGAACAGGAGCUCAGUAAAUAUUGGUUGAAUGAGACCUGGAGGCCAAAGUGGCAGGCAGAUCUCAAGCAAGGAAUCGCAGAGGCAGAAAAAACAAAACAAAACAAAAAAAAACGCCGAGUCACUUUGGAGAGAAGGGACUUUGUUGCCCAACAUGGUCACUGGGCAGAGGCUCAGGGAGGUAGUAACACUUGAAUGGAAACGCCAGCUGUGAGAAAGUGACUUCCUAGGAGGAACCUCCAGGCUUGGCUUAUUUGUGUGUAUUUUUUAGGAAACAGAGAUUGACCCAGGGUCUUUGUACUAAGCUAUAGUCCAGAACUUUUUUUUUUUUUUUUCCCUUGAGACAGUGUACUUCAGGCUGGUCUUAAACUCUGGCAGUCCUCCUGCUUCAGCCUCCUGAGUGAUACAAUUAGAGGUGUGUACCACUAUGGCCCUUUUUAUUUUUAAAUUUUGAGACAGGGUCCUGCUAAGUUGUUCAGGCUGGGCCUGAGCCUGAGCCUGAACCUGAGAUCCUGUGCCUUAGUCCCCCAGAGUGUUGGCCACCACGCAUGUGCUGCCUUGGCCCUUUGCUGAUGGUGAGGAGAGCCGUUGUUCCAAGUGCUGAUUCUUUUCAGGGUGUCCAGAGGGGCUGGGCUGGGGUCAGCCUGUGAAGCAGCUCAGGUGUCCUCUGCUUGUAAGGCCUGGAGGGUGCUGCCCUGUGCGGAGCAGAGGCUUUAGGGGCCAUGGUGCUGUGUUAAGUUUCUGGGUGGCUACCGGUGAGGCAGAAGAGAAAUGAAGCACUCCCUAAAGACCGUGACCUGCCAUUCUUCCCCAGCUCUGGAACUCAGCCCCCAAUUCUCUUUUCUGGCAGGCCCUUCAGAAGGCCCUGGCCCAGCUGGAACCUGUGGCCUUAGAGCAGAGCCUGCUCUUGGGGGAGGGGUGUUUGCUCGUUGCCAAGCACCCAGGUUCCGGCCUCCAGCAGUGGCCACAGAUAUGCUGCAGGCAUUGUCCCUACUUUCCUGGCUGCUCCUGCUGGCAAAGCCUGCUCCUACUCUUACCUGGUCACGGCCCCUCUGGUACCAGUUGAAACUGGACUUACAGCCCUGGGGGUGUGAGCCAAACAACCCGGAGGCCUGUGGGAGCACCCUGGGCUGUCCUGGCUACUGGACAAGCCUGGGAGGGAACCGCAUCUACCCUGUGGCUGGGGCCAUGAUCACCACCACCAUGAUGCUGGUGAUGGGUCGUCCAAUGCUGCACCGGUGGCGUUCACAGCACCCACAGGUGAGCACUAGCACCUCUGGAGCCUCGAGACGGCAGGUCCCAAUCUCAGACCGCACCCUGCUCCUCAGGGUCCUGCACAUGCUGGAUGCCCUCCUGUCCCACAUAGAGGGACACCUGCAGCACCUGGCCACUCGGCAGUGCAAAUAAAGGAGACUUUAUCCAGUUGA